AUGCGAACUAAAACUGUUGAAGCGACAAAUGUAUACAGAAAAGACUUUAGAAGACAAGACAAAGAUCCACAACCACCGGCAAAGGAUGAAAGAGAGAAAUUUCAUGAUGAGGAGGAAGUAGAGUUGCCUAACUAUUUCGACCCUUACAACAUACGAGCUCAAUUAAAGAAGAUAGCUACAAAAUUUCCGGAUAUCAACAUAACGAUUGAAGUGAUCGGCCGCACUGUUGAGUACAAUGAAAUAGUUUUGUUAAAAGUGAGCGAAUUACCCUCCUCUAGAAGAGGAAAGUACGAAGAUACUUCCUUUGAAAAGAGAAUAAUUUUCAUCGUCCACGGUUUGGGUGUAAAAGGGAUAACUGAAAUACCGUGUCUUACGGAAGUUGCGAGUUUCCAAACACUUCUACACUAUUAUUUCGAGUUUUUGGAUAAGUUUGAUAUAUUUUUAAUACCAAUGGCCAAUCCUGAUGGAAUUACUUACCCGCGUGCGUUUUGGAACAAAAAUGUGUCUCAACAAAAGGCCUGUCCAGGUGUCGCAUUGGAUCGGAACUUCGAUGUGGCGUGGAAUUUCACCAAACUUAUUAGUUCGUGUAGUCAAAAUUAUCCGGGAUUCACGCCAUUUUCUGAACAAGAGACACAAGCUAUAAGAAAAAUAUUUCAUUAUUAUCACCACAAAAUAGUUGCAUACAUCAACGUACACGGAAAUGGCUUUGAUGAGAGGACUUUUAAGGGGGAAGCAGUAUUGUACCCGAAGGGUUAUACAGAGAUUCAAGAAGACGAUGACCAUUAUAUCGAUUUGAAGGGAGAGAUCGACGAGGCGAUGAGGAAUGCCAGCUUCCGGCUGAUGGCGGUCACUGUAGAUACACUCUAUAGCUGGUAUGGUAUUAUCGGCGGCGCCAGCGUUGACUAUGCUUCUACGGUAUUUGGUGUACCUUUCUCCUUGGAAUUUUUGAUGCAGCCUUAUUCCAUGAUAUUCAACUACAAUGCAUUUGAAAAUCAGGUGGCAUAUGAUUCUCUCAACGCGAUUUGGGGCCGGAUAAUUCGUGCCGUCUUCCAGUACAUAUGGGAAAGCUCUCGAUAUAUACAAAAGAGACGCCAGUCAAAACUUAUUAGGCGUCCAGGCAAGAUUCAAUUCAGAAAGCAUAAUAGAGUUUAAUUUUAAUCAACUGAGAAUUCCUUUAAUUCAAAAAAGUUAGUUAGAAAUGAUAUUUAUGCCAGUAAUAAAAUAAAAAAAUAAUAAGUAACA